UCGUCAGUGUGUCUUAAGCGGCUAUAGUCGUUGAGCUCGUCACCUCUCGUCGUAGUAUUUUGGGUCGUUGCGUUAGUGCAUUAGCUGAUAUACGGUUAGUUUUCCAUUUUAGCGAACGAUAUUACGAACCCCUUGUUUUCUGCUGUUCUAGCGUGGUUACGUCUUGACAGCUUCAUGGAAUUUAGGACAGUUAGUUCGCAGAAAAAGUGUUUGUGAGUGUGGAUGUGUGUGUGCGCGCGAGAUACAAUUGCAACGCAUAUAAAUGUGAGCGCCAGCCAAAUGUAUUUCCGCUAGCGUUCGCAUUGGCAAAUUAUAUCAUAAAAUCAACAUUGUGCGGUCGUUUUGCCAUUGACAUAGGUCACGUCGCUAACGUGUGUGUACGUGCGCUGCGUUCGAGUUGCGAGCCGCUUCAGUGCUGUGUUCAGCGAGCGAACAGCAACGCUUUCACGCACAUACGUCACCGUCGCUGCUUGUAUGUGUGUAUGUACUUACAUAUAGUGUACUUUAACAGUUUAACUGCAUAGCAGCAGCGCGCACACCAACACACAUACAAGCGCACAUUUGUAGUGACGCCGCGGACUUUUGGUGUUAGCACGCGUGUUGUGCGCGCAGCGUGGUAAGCACGCACCGGCAGCGCUGCCGCGAGGCUUCCACAAACCAUACAGGAACCAACCAUAGAAACGAACACACACAUACACAGGCACCGCAUUAAGCACUUUAUGUGCGGUAAUUCGAAUAUAAAUUUGAUUUUCCUGCGAAUUGCAGCAACAAAGCAACAAAGAAAGCGAAUGUGAAAUUGCCAGCAGCAAUUUGUUGCUUGCGUGAGUGUAAUACAUAUAAUAAGCACAUUAACAACAACUAUAAAAGCAAAAAGCACAACUCUAGUGAAUACAAGCCACUGCUGCAAUAAAUAAAAUCUGUAAAUGCACAAUCAAAAAUUGCACCAACUUGUGUGCGCGUGAGUGUCAAAUUGUUGAACGCUGUCGAUUAUGCGGCGCGUUGAUUCUUAAACGCUUGCGUAUUCGCCGAAAGUGCAAAUACUAAAUUUCCGUGCCGUGCGCGUUAAAUGGUGGCGAAUUACUAGAGUAAGGCGCGGACGGCCAUUAUCAUUUGCUCACUUUGCUGCUAACGGUGUGCAUUUGAAGCACUUAAACACACGCCUACAUACAUGCGUACCUAGAUUGGUUUACUUACUUUUGAGCACAUUGUUGCCGGUAGUGUUUUCGUGGCACUUGUGCGGUUCGUAAAAACAAAAGUUGUUGACAUUAAAAUUUCUGUAAAUGCGCGCUUAAUGCAGUUGCUCGUUUGAGUUGUGAGUGUUGCUGUUGCAAAGUAUCGCUGCAGAUGUGUGGUAAAUAAAACGAAAAUUUGUUUGUGUAAACACUUGUGAGACUGUGGAGUGCUGUUGUUGAAAGGCAAUUUCGCAAACAAUCAGCUUUGGCAUUUUUAAAGUGAGUGAAAAGUUGAAAUUGAGACUAAAAAGUGCUUGCAAGUCCGAAUUGUGAAUUUAAAUAUUCUAUCUGUUGUCAUAUAAAGAAACGAAUUUAGGAAGAAUUAAAAGAGAAAUCUGCACGGAUUGCAAUUUUGUGUAGGCAUUGGUAAGAACUUCCAAUUGUAAAAGAUCCCAGAUUAUUCAAUGCAAGACUCUCCCCAAAUUAAAGAUUAACAUUAGGAGCUGAAACGAUUUUUCGUAUUUGUCGAACGCAUUUUAAAAAGAAGAGCCGAUCAAUAAAUUGAACAACCAACCCACCUAAAAUCCCACAAAAGCGUAACUUAAGCUGAAACUUAUACCCAACAAACAAUCUCCACUCAUUCGACGAAAAAUUUACACAUUCUUACCACAAACACCAACCAACAAACUCCCAAAAAACCAGCAAAAUGUGGCCGUCUAACUGUCAGCGGCGCACACUGCUCGCCAUCGUGCUCGUCUGCUUUGCCUGCCUCAUUGCGCCCGCAGCGUCCCGCUCGCGUGACAAAGAAGGGCGUCGUCGCAGCGAUCGCCUCUCAGCCGCCUCUUCCACCUCCGCCUCGUCCACGUACUACGCCAGCAGCGGCAGUGUGAACAGCAACUAUGCGAGCAUACCUUCCUCGGCCACCAGUUCGUAUACGGGUCCCAUGGACACGACCGGCUUUUGUGUGCGCCGUCGCGAUAUGAAGCUCAUGUGCUACUGCACACCGGACGAGAAUCACGUGCCCGUGCUAAAGGCGGAGUGUUGGGUAUUCUCAGAUAUCUUGCCACAGAACGAUACAACCUGGACGCGUUUCUUUCAGCAGAAGCGCUUGCGUGAAUUGAAAUUUGUCAUACAAAAUCAUGGUCGCCUGGACUAUAUACCAACGCUAGUGUUUGAAUCGUUAAAGAAUUUGACCACCAUUAUUAUUGAGUACUCGCAGGUGGAUGUGGUGAAGAGCAAUGCUUUUGCCAAUCUACCAUAUUUGGAGCGUAUCAUCUUGACCAAUAAUCAUGUAGCGGCUUUGGCUCAGGACGCAUUCGCUAAUCACAUACGCUUGCGUGAGUUGAAUUUGGAGCACAAUCAGAUAUUUGAGAUCGAUCGCCACGCUUUUCAUAACCUACCACAAUGCGAGAAGCUUUUCUUAAACAACAACAAUAUCUCUAACUUGCAUGACAGCCUUUUUGUGGAGAUGCCACACUUGGUGUAUUUGAAUUUGGCACAUAAUCAGAUAUCAGUGCUGACCAGCGACAUCUUCAAAGGUCUGGGUAAUUUGAACGUGCUGAAGCUGUCGAAUAAUAACAUCAAUUUUAUCGGUGAUACUGUGUUUGCUGAGUUGUGGAUCUUGUCGGAAUUGGAGUUGGAUGACAACAAGAUUGAGCGCAUUUCGGAACGUGCUCUCGAUGGCUUGAAUACGCUAAAAACGCUGAAUCUUCGCAAUAACAAGCUGAAGAAACUCGACAACGGACUACUACGUGGCACACCCGCACUUCUCAAUAUCAAUGUGCAGAGCAACGAGUUGGAGACUUUGACAUUUUAUACAUUCCAGCCAAUUAUGGAUAAUUUGGUCAACAGCACAAGUGAACUGCUGCUGUCAGAUAAUAACUUCGUUUGCGACUGUCGUCUUCAAUGGCUGUUUGAGCUGAAAAAUCGUACGCGCUACACGGCAUUGCGUGAGGCGCUUGAGACUUUCGUCUGCACACUGCAUGAUCCGAAAAUUGCCAACUUUGUUGAGCCCGUACCAAAUCACAUUUUAGAUCUGCUUAACAUCGGCAGCAGCUACAAUGGCGCCAACAGCGCCGAACUACACCUCGGUGGCAACAAUAGCGGACGCAAACGCUUCUCCAAGUCACGACAAAAUGGCGGCACACAGCGCGGUGUCGGCGGCAAUGGACAACGUCUGGGACAAAUGCAGCUAAACGCCGAUGAGAAUGUCGACGUGAUCGAUGCCGCCGCCGUUGCACUGACACCCGAACACGGUGAACACGUGCUGUCGCUAAGCAAGCGCUCGUUGGCCGACGGCAGUGAGCUCACUGUUGUCGCCAGCAGUCAGCCGGAAGUGUACAAUGACGCACUCUUGGCAGCCUCAGGUAUACCAGACAUCGCCACCGCCAAUAUUGUUGGUGAGAAGAAGAAGAAAUCCGUAUUGCCCGCAAAACUAAGAGAUGACUACUACGACGAAGCAGCCGGCUUAGGCGGUGGCGCUGCUGCGCCGCAUGGCCUGCUGUUGGCACAACAAAUCGAACUGGGCGAAGGCUUGGACGCGCUCAAACAGAAUGCUUUGUACAAUCAGCAAACCAACGAUGUGAUUGGCAUGACCAAUACAAUCAACGAGCACGGCGCUAGCAAGCCACAGCCGCUGGGCAUCAAGGUGUGUCUGUUCUUGUUGAAACCCGAGCGUCUGCCGUGUCACGACGAGCUCAGCGAUCCGACAGAGUUGCCAUUGUCGCGCGAUCUCAUGGAUGUGCGCAGCAAUCAGGCGCAGAGCAAUAUGUCUUCGGCCGGCAGCGCUCUGUCAAUGGCAACGACGACUCUGGUGGGCGUGGCGGCGAUAAUGUUGCGCUUCAGCAGCAGACGGCGCAUCGGUUAAACAGUAAUGAUGGCGCGCGGAUGUAAUAGGUAACAGUAAUUCUAUUAAACUGUGUGUCUGCGUUUAAGAAUACUGCGAAAAUAUAUGUGUGUAGACAAUUGCCAAUAUGGGAAAUACACUGGUAAUUUGUAACAAUAAUUUAUAAAAAAAUAAUUAUUUAAUAAUUUUCUUUGACUAUUUUGAAGUGAAUUGAAAAAUUUUAAAUAGAAUUUAAUGCAACGAUUUUUAGGUGUUUUUGUAUUUACAAAUAAUUUGUAACAAUUCACACACAUACUUAGAUACACGUGUCAGCAUAUUUAUUAUGAAACGAUCUCUUGCGUGCGCCAACGCAUUGGACAGCGUAAAUACAGAACUUUUAGCAAACACUGUACAUAUUAAAAACCAUUAAACACAAGCGAAAAAUCUUAAAAUGAAAAAAUAACAAGAACCACAUUUGAAUGCCUACUUGAACAGCUUCUGGCGGCCAGCUUAAGCAAACUGGCAUAAAACUGGGCAUACAUAAUUUGUAGUUAGCUUAUGAUUGUAAAUAUCAAUAAAAAAAAAUAAAUAAAACAAAAAAAUAAUAAUAAUUAUAAUAAUAAUUCUUAUUGAAUAAACAAACCCAAGCUGUAAUGUUCAUUAACAAAAUAUUAUUAAGCAGUUAAAGAAUAGACGCUUAAUAAGUUUGAACACAAAAACCAUAAGAAAACUUGAAGACGAGCUUCAAUUAACUGUAUGCUUUUUUUGCUAUAAGAAUCAUACAAAGCCACAUAAAAAAAAGUUAAAUUUAAAUAUACUUUAUAUUAUAAUUAAGUGUAAGAUGUAGCAUUGAAAGCAAAUGGUAAAGCACUUAGCUUUAAGCAACUCAAAAUGAAUUCUUUCGCCUGUCAGGCGGCGACAAUUAAACAUUAAAGCUAGGAAUUAGCGCCUAAUGAGAGAAUAAAAAACUUAAAUUAGAUACAUAUAUAUGUAUAUUGCUAUAUAAAUGGUAAUUGUAUUUAUACAAAACUAAUUAGUUAAGUGUAAAAAUAAUUAAUGCAUUAAAAUUAAUAAAAUACGCUGCUUAUUUUACAGUUACAAUUUUUUAUUGAGAAAAUUUUAUGUUUAACUAAAAAUGUAUUUUUAAUUUAUUAAUAUUUAUUUUGUUUAUAAUAUCAACAAUUUGUAUAAUUGCGUAUUUUUCCAUGUGUUUGCAAGAAAAUAAUGAUCGGCUUAUUACCACCAUUUGCUAUAUAAAAUUAAUUUCGUACUUUUUUGAGAAAUAAUUGUUUUUUUUUGCUUUCCUGAUGCCCAAAUAUAACUUAAUUUUACUAAUUAGUUUUAAGUAUAUAAAAUAGCUAAAGAACAACGACUUGUGCUUGCUUUAUUUCUUUAAUAAAAAAAUUAAAAAAAUUUUAUAAAACGAGACUAUUUAUUCAAAAUUUAACAGGUUCCUCAAAAUUGUUUUGAUUUCAGCCAAAUCAGAGAUAUUUAGUGGUAAUCUUGGUUGCAAGAGAAAAAAUGAUAAGAUUUUAAAAAUAUAAAAAACAAUUAUUUUCGUUUUUUUAUUUAAUUGGGCUAAAAGGUCUGCUUAAUCUAAAAGAUUUUUGUUGUUAAAAAUUAUUAUUAUAGAAAGCAUUUUUUAGCUAAUUUCUUUAAGAGAACUAGGCUGAAAGUGGAAGCAUUUGUUAACGAAUUUAUUUCAGUUUUGCGGCGAAAAGUAAGCAACAUUUUCGUCAUGAAUGAUCGAUAUGACCAACAAAGGCAAAGGAUUAUACUACAGAAAAAUCUACUGGACAAUUGAAAUAUAGGAAAGAGCUUACCAUAUGAUGAAAGAGCUAACUAAGAUAUUUUGUCAUUAUAAAUACUAUUAAUUUGCCAGCUUUGAAAAGCAAAUAUAUAUUCACACUGAAUUCAAAAAACUAUUUUAUUAAUUUUAAUAACUUUUCAAACGAAUUUUAAACUUUUUCGUUCAUUUUCGAGCUAUCAAAGGUCAACUUAUGUACUUACAGAUAAUUAAAAAAGAAAAAUUGCAAAAAACAUGAGAAAGGUUAAGGUUUUAAUUUUAUUGACGUUUUUAAGGCGCUUUAUGAAAUCCCGUUGUAAAUAAAUAUAAAAUAUUGCUUUCUAAAAAACACAAAAUCAUUUUCAAUAGAAUAUUAAAAUUCGGUUAAAAAUAAUUAUAUAUGUAUGUAUGUAUGUAAAUAUGCAGUUCAUUCGGCUCGGUCGAGCGAAUUGAAUUUCACCGCCAGAAUUGAAGAAACUUACACAAGAACACAUAUAAGUUCUAAGUGCGAAAAAACAUUUAAUUGAAAUAUUUAUAUAAACACAAUAAUCGCUAAAACUCUUAAAAAUACAUUUGCCGGCAUGUCACACUAACAAAUAGACACUCACGCACGCACAAAAAUGUGCGAAUUUACAAAGCAAAAAACCUCCGAUGUACUGGUGUUUCAUUUUCAACUACAAAAAACCACAAAGUGAAUGGACAUAUUAAAACUAAAUAAAUAAUAAAUGAUAGAAAAAGUGGCCGAAGUCAUAAAAAGCGAAACUGGAAACAAAUAAAGAGUAUAUUAAGUGCUAGAAUGGAAAAUAGCUAAAAAGAAUUGUGUUUAAAGGUUUUUAUAGUGCUGCUGCUAAAAAAUGUGGCAACCUUCAGAUGCGUCGUAGUGGUUGCAGAAUUUACAAUAACAUAAAAAGUAUACAAAAAACAUUGAACUUGUUAAUUCUUUUCAAAUAUUUUUUUCCACUUUUGUUACCGUUAUUUAUAUGUAUUUUUGUAAAUAUUGUUUUUUAUGUUUUGGUUUGUUUUGCUUUCGCCCUUUAUGCUGGUGUGUAACAGUUCUUAUUCCAUAAAAAUAUAUUGGAGGCAAAUAUCACAUAUUGACCAUAUUUGCUAUAUUUCUAAGCAGUUUUCACCAGACACGAAAUAUUUUAUGCAAAUAAAAUUUGGGAUAUACAUAUAGUCGACUUGGUAAAUUAAUUCAGAACUUAUUCAGCUCUACACUCACUAUCAAAAUUCCAUUCAUUACCGCGAAUCCAUAUAUACAUAUAUCGAUAUAAAAAUUCGACUCUUUUAUUUCAGAAACGGAUUAUAAUGAGAACGAUGAUCGUUCAGAAUAUUACACUACGAACUAAGUAUUAGAGCAGUUCGGCAAUGCCGCGGAAAUUCUAACAUUGUUUCGAGUAGUUUGGAGUCUCUAUUGUUAAAUUUUAUUGGGUUUAAGUGUUUAAUAGCAAACUGAAAAUUUUGUUAAGAAUUUUUUAACUGAUGCAAUGAGAGGUUUCUUUAAAGUGAGUCUAAAAUUCAUCAGUAAUUUUCAACUGCAUCUUUAGUGAUAGUUUCUAUUAUUUAUCAGACUAUUUAUUCUAUUCUAUAAAAAGUAAAUUUAUAUUAGUUAAACUAUUACUCUUGAUCAAUAUUUUACAUUUCUUCUAUUUAUCUUAUUAAAUUAAUAUUCAAUUUAUAAAAUUACCCUUUCAAAGAUGCCUGAUUUAACCAAAACCUCUAUGCCUUGACUUUAUCAACUACCAUAGAUGCUUAAGAGACGGCUACAUAAACGACGCGCUUGUAAUAUAUACAUGCAUAUAUAUACAUGAUAUUUGUAAGUAUUAUAUAUUAAGUAUAUGUAAAUUGCCAUGAAAAUUGUAAACUCUAUAGUGCAGUUAGAGACUCGUAGGGUUAGUGGUAGUUUACUAGGGAAACUGAAACAGACACUAUAAGCAUUCGAUUGUCGCAAAAAUAGUGAGCGAAAUUGACAAAAUGCUUAAAAGCUGUAUAACAUUUGCUGCUUAAAUUUUUAUAGAAUAGAAAUUUUGUUGUUAAUAAUUAAUAAAUAUUUUUUUAUUUUAUUUUUCAGAAUAAAAUUUUUAUUUAGAAUAAUUAAUUAAUUAAUAAAUAUAUUUUUUGCAUUUUUAUUUUUGCAAUUCAAAAAAGAUUCUUAGGAAGUAUGUGUGCAAAUGAGGACACAACCACACUUUUUUCAUUCUUGUCACUUAGUUUUUCUUGCUUGAGUUAUUUUUGCAAUUAUACAUAAAUACGAUUAGUGUUCAUCAAAAUAUUUUCGUAUCAAUUGAAUUAUUGGUUAAGUAAAUUGCGAAACUUUUUUUAUAGCCUAAGACUGAUAAUGCGAUAAUGUAUAAAGAAAAAAAGGUCAAAAACAAAAAAGUCUUUAAUAGUAAUAUUAGGUCUAUGAAAUAGUUAUGAUUAGUAAUGGGGAAAGCUAAAGCCAUUAAAGUAAAGGAUAUGUGUAAAAAAUAUAUAUGGAUUUGCAUAUUUGAAUAUAGUCAGGGGUAUAUAGAAAUAUGCGUAUGUAAGUGUAGAAAGAACUGUCAGGUAUCAAUAUGAAAAUGUCAUAUUUAUAAAUCAAAAUAUGAGAAAUGCAGAGCAUAAUACUUGUAAAAAAUGGUAAUAAAUGUGAGAUCGAUGAGAAGCUACAAGCAGCAGCUACAAAUAUACAUGCAUGUACAUGUAUAUGUAUAUAUGUAAGUGCACUCGGUUAUAGAAACCUAAAAUGAAUUUUAAAACAAACCUAAUUGGACUAUUAAAAAACAUAAUAACAACUCUGGGGGAAACAACAUACAAGUUCUUACUUAUUGUAAGGCCUUUUCUUAAUAAGUGAAAGCCCUUUCCAUAAAAUAUUUGUGAACAAGCGUUGAGCGUAAAAUUUUUUAAAGUCUUCAGUUUCUUGCUGUUUCAAACUUGAUAAGUUUUUAAACAGAAUCAACAUUAAAAAAAAAUGAUGCAUGAAAAAAAAUUUUUUAUCAAUUUCGUUACUUUUAAAAAAAUAUUUGAUUUUAAAAAUAUUUAAAAGCGUAAUGCUUUGUUCAAUAGUACUAAACCAACUUCAAAACUAUAUAGAAUUAAAAAAUAUUAAAAUUUGCUAAGUGAAUAGCAAAUAAUACUACUUUUAGCUGACAAUCAAGGAGCUGAAGACACGGGAAAUAAGUUGAACGAAACCAUUUUAUUGAGCUCACACACUGAUUCGCCUAAAUAUUCACACCGCAGACCAGCGCUAACUAUACAAUACACUAUUGACAAGUCCUUAACUCCUUUAUAAAGCUGCAAAUAACUAUUAUUAUUUCGUGUAAAAAAAGAUUAAAAUUCAGUGCCUAACCUAAAAGUUUUUCUACUCUAAAUAGAUUAUAUUAAGUUUGCCGCGAUAUUUGUAACACCUAGACAUAAACAUCGGAAAUCAUAUAAAAUGUAUUUUAUAUAUAAAUAAUCAGCAUGGUGAGCUGAGUUGAUUCAGUCAUGUCCAUCUGUCUGACUGAUAAUUUGUCGCUAUUAUUUUCAAAAUUUACUGACAUCUUCAAUAUUCCUCAAGCGGUUUCGAGUUUUAUGAGUACUUGGUACAUCCGACUUCUGCUGAGUUCACUUUUGUAAAUAUUCAUUAAAAGUACUUGUCAAAUUCGCUUAUUGUCGAUCGCUUUUAGAAGUUCCAAAAGUGCUCGGUGCCAAUAUUUUGCACUUCAUACAUACACUUUGUACCAGAAGUGUUUUUAACACAAAAAUAGCUGCAAUGCACUGAUAUAAUUCAUAGUGAUCACCCACACGGUUCGGCUGCUUGUUUCAAAGUAUUCAAAUUGUAUUUCGGUCUAAUGCAUAUUUAACUCAAUUGAUCGCAGUACUGUGUAGUGGAAUGUAUAUUUUUAAAUAAAAUGUAAAUUUAUGCACUUUUACUUGCAAUUCUACUUGUGCAUUUAUAGAUUCAUACUAUAUGUAUAUGUAGGUGUGUAUUCCGAGAAUCCAUUAGCUUCGUGUUACAAAAACAACAUUUCAUUUAAUUUUGGCACAAAAAAAUAAAUUUCCAGAAAUUGAAUUCACAGCCAAUUUGUUAACCAAUAAUUGAUUGAUGGCAUCAAUAAAAUAGUAAUUUGCGCCAAAUAAAUAAAAUGAACUGCCAGCUAAGCACACAACUACACACCCAUACACAAAAGUGGCAUCCCAGUAGUUUAGAGCUAGUGAGAUUCAGCAGAAUCAAUGUUGAAACGGUGCAUGAAAGCAUAUUUCCAAGGUAAAAUUAACAGUGGCUGGACGAAAAUAAAUUGUGGCUGCAGUCAACCUACUCACACACACGAUACACUCGAACGUAUAGUAUAUGCUGUUAUUGUACUAAAUUGGUGGGUAAUAGUUAAAAAGGAAACAAAUGUAGCGCCAUAGGACUUGAUGAAUUAAUUUAUUAAAAAGCACAAAUAGUAAUUGAAAGUAUUUGCGAAAGCAAGAAAAAAAUUCCGAAAGAUAUGAAAUGUUCAAUAAAUAAAGCGAUUGAAGCGUAAAAAUAAGAAAUCUAUAAGUUUUAAGUGCUAAGAAGAUAUAAGAUUAGCUAUACGUAGGCGUAUAAGUGUAUGUAAGUAUAAGCGGGCAAAAAUUUAUAUAUAUACAUAUAUAUAUAUAGGUAUUGUGCAUAUUUAAAUACAUAUACAAUUAUAUGUAUGUACGAUAAAUAUAUUGAAGCCAAAUUAGAGCAAAAGGCAACUGAACAAAAAAAUUUACGGAAAAAGAUUUAAUUAAGAAAAAGCAAAAAAAAAAGAAUAAUCAAUUAAAUUUAAACUGAUGAAAAAUUAAUUAAAAUUAAUGUUAAAUAUAUAUAUAUAUUAGUAUAUAAGUAUAUAUACACAGAUAUAUAGAUUUACAGCUCACAUAGCAGCUAACUCUAAGUGCGCAUACUAGAAAACGUUUAAGUCUUUUGCCAUUAGGCGUUUAAAAAAUUAUUUUUAUUUUCUAUUGAUAAUAUAUAUUAAGAGAAUAAAGAAAAUUGCAUUACUUACAAAGUCGGCAUUGUAAUAAUUACAGCUGUUUAUUUGUAUGCAGCAACCAAAACAGAUACAAAAUGCUUUUACUAUAAUUUAGGUAAAAUAAAACGGCUUUGUAGCAAAAAUAAAAAAAUUAAUUAAGUAAGAAAGAAGAUUAUAUACACAUAAGUAAUUAUUAGCUAUUAGCGAAAAACAGUUUAUUUAUUUAUAUUUAAUGAUAAAGCGUGGCAGCAAUAGUUUUCGCAUACUGAAAAAAAAAAAAAAAAAACAAUAAUGUCAAAUAAAUAUUUAAUGAUGCGGGUGCAUACACAAAAUCGACCACGUUUUUCACUGCAACAAGUUUACAAAGACACAACUCAUAUUUUUCAAUUUCAAACGAUAACCGAAUAUUUCUUUGUAUGCCUUAAAUAUACAAUAUUAAAGUAAAAAUUACUUUUUUCGAAAUAUUAAAAACUAAAUAACCUGUUUUUUUAUAUUUGACAAACAAAAUAUUUUUAAAAGUAGCCUGCUUUUACACCACACUCUAUUAACAAUGAUUUCGUUCCUGUAAACAAAUUUAAAUUACGAACAAAAAUUGAAAAACGCAGAUAGCUCUCAAUACUAAUUAAAAAUACUAAUUUUGCGCAUUUUUCUUCAACGAAACCCGUACAAUAAAUGGCAAAGAAAAAAUAAAUAAAAACGAUAAUUUUGGCCCGCCACACAUUUGCCCAGAAUGCAACCAACUCCUAAGUUUCAAAUACAUAUAUAAUGACAGAAGAUAUACUGUAAAAGAAAAUCCAUGCAAGAUCAACAAAGUCACAGACAACAUUACACACACUUAUAUACAGUUAUAUGUAAGUACACGCAAAAACAGCGUACAUGGAAUAUGGAUUAAUUCUACCGAAAUGUAAUUGAUGGAAGUCAAAUGUCGAAAAAUAAAUAAAUAAUAUACACGUGAAUAUAUUUAAUGUAAAA